AUGCUUGCAAACUCUCCUACAUCAGCUAUGGUUGAAGGUGCUCCCACUCUACCUGGAUUGACUCCCGUCCAGUUUCAGCGUUGGAAACCCGCCAUAUCGGCCUGCAACCUGGACUCUGCCCUCGGUUACCUUGGACGGGAAGGAGUCCGCUUAUCAUGGGCAGCUACACCUACAAACGAUAUGCCCCAUUUAUCUCCAGUUCCUCUCCAGCCUCCUACGUGGGUGAUCCUGUAUCUGAUUUGCCACCAAGUAACAUCUCCUGCGGACGCUAAGAAGGCCCUUGUUCUAGCAUAUUACCACCUUCCUACCGCACUUCCACAUUUACGACCGUGUCUUCUCAUAUUCUCGGCCUGUUGGCUUGCCGAACACAAUCUUGUCGUCCCUCUGCAGGACCUCAUCCGAAGAUUGUUGCAAUCUUCUUGCGAAUGGCGCGAGUAUGACUAUUCAGCAUUCUUGAAACUUGUUGCCGCUGCCUCUGCCUCUCCGACCGGUAUCCGUUUGAUCAUACCCGUUUUAGAGGCAUCGUCAGCUCGUCGACUUCGUCUUGAUCAAGACACAUUUGAUUCGCUCCUUUCCGGACAAUUUGCCACCGCUGAACUUGGGAUUGCUCUGGCUAGGUCCAUGCAGUCGCAGGCCACCAUUCCCAGUGUCAAGAACUUGGAACGACUAGUCAAGCUCUUCGCUAAAGCGGGUUGGAGGAAGCGAGCUGGCCGGUGUCUCGAUCUCGUCCGCCACCAUUAUGCGGAACAACAAACCGAGACUGUGCCCUUUGGCACCAACCCGUAUGCCAGGAACGUUAUGCAGGCACCGACGUUGUCACAGCAUUGGUAUAUGUCUGCUUUUGGCUCGGUGCGUUCACUUCACGCCUAUAUGCAAGCGUGCGGCGUGCAUUCCCGUCUGUGGAGGGCGGAGCCCAGGAUUGGCACAUGGCGAAGUGUUUUGCGUGCUGCCGUACGGGACCGAUCAUUGUCUGCAAAGUCCUUGCUCGCGAUCCUCGAGCGCGCGAAGGCGUCAGACUCUAGCUUACGCUUAGACGUGGUCUCAGAUCUGGUUACUAUCAAUGGUCUCCUCCACCGCAGGGAUAACACAAACGCGGCUCGUAUAUGGGAUACCAUUGCUGCGAAGAAGGACCGCUUAGAAGUGUGGGGGUUAGCCCUUGGAGUGAAGGCGCUGACUCUGGCUGGCCGCCCUUCAGAGGCUUUUGCGCUCCUUCGAGGCAUUGACACCUCUCGGUAUUCGGCCACUUCCACUCAAUUACUCUCCCGCUCCGAAGCGCGGCAGCAGAUCACCACGCACACGAUCAAUAUAUUCAUGGCCUCAUUGCAACGCAUAGGACGCCCUGACAUCGUCUUCGAACUGUGGGACUAUAUGGAAUCGCUUUUUGGCAUCAGUCCUGACCAGUUUACGAUGGCUAUUGUCCUGAAAACUGCCCGCUUUGCCAGUAAAUCAGACCAGUCGGUACGAGGCGCGUUAGCAGAUAUCGGGCUCGGAAAUUUUUUCCGCCGAAAGAGCGUCGGCGACGCCCCUGUCUCAUACCCCGAAUCAUCUCGCAGCAUGGCCGUCGCCAGGAUUCAAGAGUUGUUAGCUCAAAACAGAAAUGAUACCAACUCCGGUGUAUGGAGAGGGGAGAGGGCUGGUGUUCAAGCGCUUCAGGUUGCCCACCAUAUUUUGCUAGGAAAUUGGCCCGAGCUGCACACUAUUCAAUCUCCCGUCCACGCUGUUCGUCGUUCACUCGGCUUUUCGCCUGUCGGCGGCCUCUUUCGCGCCCUGAGUGGUCGCCCAUCGACACCCUCUCAAGAUGACUCCCGUGCGGCGCAGCAGGCACCGAACUACGACAUCGACUCACUCUGGCCAUACCCGCAGGUACUACCCAACGACGUCGCCUUCCGCGCAUAUAUAGAUCUACUCGGCGCAGAGAACCAGAUGUCCGAGAUCCCCCUUGCGCUUGCGUGGAUGCGCCACCUAGAUGUCAAGCCGUCGCGCAACACUUUGGCGACUGCGCUUGUGUAUUGGGCCGAGGUCAGCAUGGAUUCUCCACUGGUCGAGCAUUGGAAGAGCGAAAGGAGCGAAUACCUGCGGUUGAUCCGUUGGAUGAAGGAAUGGGUUGGCAGCGAGAAUCUGCCUACAGAUGCAGACAUAGGAUUGCAUCUGGGACGCAUAAAGUGGUUCAGGGAUCUGCGUUAUGGCCGGAGACCUGUACAUUCCUAG